AUGGCAGCCGCUGCCCUCCUGCUCCUCCUGGCACUGCCCGCAGGGGCCUGGCCUGGGCUGAGGCUGCCCUGCUGGUUGUGUAUGCACUGCAGCUGCCUACUCUGGCCUCCGCUGCCCAGCCCGCACGCCCGCAUGAGCGACAGGGAUGAGUGGGUGGGGCUGCCCCACAUGCCGCCCACCAUCAACAUCUCGAUCCUCAAAGGUGAGAAGGGUGAAGCGGGGGUCAGAGGUCGCUCCAGCAGGAGCAGGAAGGAGGGCCCGCCCGGCUCCCGGGGCCUCUGUGGCCACAAGGGCCAGAAGGGGCAGGUGGGGCCGCCGGGCACCCUGUGCCAGCGUGCCUACGUGGCCUUCUCGGUGGGCCGGCGAGAGGGGCUGCACAGCACUGAUGCCCUCCAGGCUGUGCCCUUCGACACAGAGCUGGUGAACCUGGACGGUGCCUUCGACCUGGCCUCCAGCCACUUCCUCUGUGCCGUGCCCGGCGUCUACUUCUUGAGCCUCAACGUGCAUACCUGGAAUUACAAGGUGACGUACCUGCACAUCAUGUGCAACCGGCAGGCCGUGCUGUAUGCGCAGCCCAGCGAGCGCCGCAUGAUGCAGACACAGAGCCUGCUGCUGGCGCUGGCCACGGGUGACGCUGUCUGGGUGAGCAUGUUCCAGAGGGACGGCGACAACGCCAUCUACAGCGAGCGCGGUGACCUCUACAUCACCUUCAGCGGCCACCUGGUCAAGCCGGACGCUGAACUCUAG